CAGGCGCGGUCCUACCCUUCAGCUCCUGGGAUUCCAACCCGGAACUAGCCUUGGCUCCUUUGGGAAGGCCGCAGCGCCUGGCCGCCAGUGAGAACUUCUGGGCUGAACUUUGAGCCACUAAGACGAGGUUGCAGACAGGGACGUCCCCGCCUCUAGGGGCCCGAGACGAGGUGCGCCUUGGACAGGAGGUAGUGCGGCUUGUGGAAAGCGCAGGCACUCACGGCGGUCUGGAGCAUGGCGCCUCCACGGAACGUGGUGAAGAUUGCCGUCCAGAUGCGUGACGCCAUCCCGCAGCUCAUCCAGCUGGACCAGGCAAAGCCGCUGGCCGCUGUGCUAAAGGAGGUGUGCGACGCGUGGAGCCUGACUCACUCCGAGCACUAUGCCCUGCAGUUUGCUGACGGGCACAGGAGAUAUAUCACGGAGAAUAACCGCGUGGAAAUCAAGAAUGGCAGCAUCCUGUGUCUCAGCACUGCCCCAGUAAUGUCUCUCUCGGCCCGCCUUCUCCUGACCACCCCUCUGCUGUGCCCCUUUCUGCCUGUGGGCCUCUGCCCCAGGUCUGGAGGCCCUGGCCCCAAGCCCAGCAGUGCGCCACCUAGUGGACACCUUCCCCCUUUCAGACCUUACCUCUGUCCAAUCUCAUUUUUGCUCUAUUUCCACCCUGGCCAGGACCUUGAGGCUGAGCAGCUGUUGGGUGGGCUGCAGAGUUCCAGUCGUGAAGGUCGCCGGGAAGCCCUGAGGCACCUCGUCCUGUUAGCCUCAGACAUGACUUUUGCCCAGGAGGUCAUCCGUCGUGAUGGGCUUCAGAGACUAGGCAUGAUCAUUGAAGAUGGGGAAGACCUAGGGGAGGUGCUGGCCCUUGGAUUGAGGACCUUCUUGGAGCUCAUGGAGCAUGGCGUGGUAUCCUGGGAGACGCUCACCAUCACCUUUAUCAGGAAGGUGGUGUGCUAUGUGAACAUGAACCUGAUGGAUGCCUCGGUACAGCCCCUGGCCCUCCGGCUGCUGGAGAGUGUGACCUUGAGCAGCCCUGCCCUAGGCCAGGUGGUCAAGAGUGAAGUGCCACUGGAUAGGCUGCUGGUGCACCUGCAGGUGAUGAACCAGCAGCUGCAAACCAAGGCCAUGGCAUUGUUGACAGCCUUGUUGCAGGGAGCUAGCCAUGCUGAACGUAAGCACAUGCUUGACUACCUAUGGCAAAGGAACCUUCGUCAAUUCAUCUACAAGGGCAUCAUCCAUAGUGCAAUGCCACUGGGUGAUGAGAUGGCCCAUCAUCUGUACGUGCUGCAGGCCCUUACACUGGGACUUUUGGAGCCUCGCAUGCGGACACCAGUUGACCCCUAUAGCCAGGAACAGCGAGACCAGCUGCAGGCCCUGCGCCAGGCUGCCUUUGAGCCAGAGGGAGAGUCCCUGGGCACUGGGCUGAGUGCUGACCGUCACCGUUCCCUCUGUGCCCGAGAGUUUCGAAAACUGGGCUUCUCUAACAGCAACCCAGCACAGGACCUGGAGCGUGUGCCUCCUGGCCUGCUGGCCCUGGACAACAUGCUCUACUUCUCCAGACAAGCACCCAGCGCAUACAGCCGGUUCGUGUUGGAGAACAGCAGCCGUGAAGACAAGCAUGAGUGCCCCUUUGCCCGGAGCAGCAUCCAGCUGACUUUGCUGCUGUGCGAGCUGCUCCACAUUGGGGAGCCUUGCUCUGAGACAGCCCAGGACUUCUCGCCCAUGUUCUUCGGCCAAGACCAGAGCUUCCAUGAGCUCUUCUGUGUAGCCAUCCAGCUGCUGAAUAAGACCUGGAAGGAGAUGAGGGCUACACAGGAGGAUUUUGACAAGGUCAUGCAGGUGGUGCGGGAGCAGCUGGCCCGCACACUGGCCCUGAAGCCCACUUCCCUGGAGCUCUUCCGGACCAAGGUGAAUGCACUCACCUAUGGGGAGGUGCUUCGGCUGCGGCAGACAGAACGGCUACACCUGGAGGGGACACUGGCCCCUCCCAUACUGGAGCUUCGGGAGAAGCUGAAGCCAGAGCUCCUGAGCCUGAUCCGCCAGCAGCGUUUGCUCCGCCUCUGUGAGGGGGCGCUUUUCCACAAGAUCAGCAGCCGGAGACGCCAGGACAAGCUGUGGUUCUGCUGCCUGUCCCCCAACCACAAGGUGCUUCAGUAUGGUGAUGUAGAAGAAGGCACUGGCCCACCUACCCCAGAGAGCUUGCCUGAGCAGCUCCCUGUGGCUGACAUCAGGGUGCUCCUGAUGGGCAAGGACUGCCCCCAUGUUAGGGAGAAGGGCUCUGGGAAGCAGAACAAGGACCUCUAUGAGUUGGCUUUCUCCAUCAGCUAUGACCGUGGUGAGGAAGAAGCAUACCUCAACUUCAUUGCCCCCUCCAAACGGGAUUUCUACUUAUGGACAGAUGGUCUGAGUGCCCUGCUGGGUAGCCCCAUGGGCAGCGAGCAGACCCGGCUGGAUCUAGAGCAGCUGCUGACCAUGGAAACCAAGCUGCGGCUGCUGGAGCUGGAGAAUGUGCCCAUCCCUGACCAGCCACCACCUGUUCCCCCAACCCCCACCAACUUCAACUUCUGCUAUGACUGCACCAUCGCUGAACCUUGACUGUGAGGUUGGUCAAAGCCUACAGCUGCUGCUGCUGCUACAGCAACCACAGAAAGUGGAAGGUAGAGAAGCACAGGCACCCUGAACAGCAAAUGCUGCAACAGAAAUAAAGUCUUCUUGGGUCUUUA